AUGAAUGCCUGGAAAGCGACAAGUGAUGCAAAAUUUGGAGUUGGUAGGCGUUUAUCGUUGACAUGUAAAGAUCCGCUUUCAAAUUUUGAACUUUUCAAGAUGCACGGAACUAUAUCAGAUCUGUCUUUUGCGUCUUGUAGUUGUGUACAAUUUUGACGGAAAUAUUACUCAUGGACUACGGUUAACCAUUGGCGAAACUGUGCACAUUUUAGAAGAAUGCGCAGGUAAGCGCGAUCUAAUUUUAAUCAUUGACUCCCAGUUGGUAUAUCAGCAGUCUUUCAAUUCCUAAGAAUAUUUCCUUAUUGACCUAUCCUGUUAUCUGAAUCUUUGUUAUUAAUCUGAGGUUUUCCGGUUUUGCUGUGAAUGUUUUACAAUGGCAAAGAUGGCUUUCCGGAAUAUUCUUAGAAAAGAAUUCAGUAAUUUUAUCUAUGCUUAACUUGAUCGUGUCUAUUAAAAUGUUUAACACUUUUCUAAGUUUGUUUAAAUCGCGCAUUAUUAAGUGUUAUCAGUUAACUUCUGUCGUAAUGAUCAUGUCUUGGUCGCGAACGUUUGAGCGUAUGCGUGGGCAAUCAAUGCUUCAGCAACAUGCUAACGAAUUGAGAUAAAAUAUGUUUUCGUGUUUUUACGGUUUUUCGAUGGAACAGGUUGGUACAGGGGAUGCACUUUACGAAACAAAUCUGUAAAGGUAAGUUCAUCGCCUUUCCAGUCAUUGCAGAAGUCAGCCUGUCAAGUUUUAUUUGUUUAUUUUAUUAAUUAAUUAUCCAAAUAUAUGAAUGCUUCAUUCAAAUGUAGAAGAGCCUGCAAUGAAUUCAAUCAGGAUUUAUGUUUUAAGUUAAGUUCAUUAGUUUUGUAAUGUUUAAGUUUAUCUUCUUGGAUUAGGAAUAUAGGAAGAGCUUUUAAUAACGCCUCUCUUGCCACCAAAAUCACUAACAGGAACUGCUUCUGAGGAAAAGGACCAUUGAUUUGAUUUAUUAAUUUUCACAACUUUUUAUUUUCAAUUAUACAUACUGUAACAGUGAUCCUUUCUCUGUUGUAACUACAGUGGAACCCUGCUAACUUGAACUCAGUUCAUUUCUUCAAUUCCCUUAAUAACUUGAACAAAAUUCAAUUCCCCUGGAUUUACUAUCCCUACUAUCUUAACUUGAACUCAAUUAACUUAAACUUGCUGUGAACUUGAGUUAAUUUUACUUUCCCUUGGCUUGGAUUGACUCUGAUAACAAAAACUUAGCUAAAACUGAUAAAGGUCAAAAUAUCACAAAAGAGGUGAUUGUCUGUAACCACAAUGAUGUGAAUGUAAUAACAUGUAUGAAAACGUAACAUGUUUGCUUAAUUUCCCUAAUCAAAUGUUCUCAAAGAAAAGCUCUUAUGAAAAAACUAAAUGUACUAAAAUUACUAUUGAUUGUGCAAGAAUGGUAAAGUCAUGUCUCCCUAUUAAUUAUUAGAAGAUAAUUGAAAUUCAACACCAAUCCCGAUCACUUGAACUAUUGCUAACUUGAGCUAUUUCUGUUUCCAUAUGGAGUUUGACUUAGCAGGGUUCUGCUGUAAUCGUAGAUCGUGCUCGGUGUGAGAUCUUUUGUUUAGGUCUCACAGAAGAGGUUUUGGAAUUUUCCAGUCAUUGCUUUAUAAUGUCGGUGAACUUAAAAAAACAUUACUGAGAAGUAACCAGAAUUAAAUUUGAAGUGGUACAUGAAAUAAUGAGAUUACUUUAAUUUGAGUAAACAGUAUCACUUACGGGUAAUUGUAUUUUUCUUAUUGACAGGGUAUCUUUCCAGCAACAUAUAUUCACCUCAAGCAAUGUACUGUGGAAAAUACAGGGUAAAUGUAAUUGUUUUUCUUUGUUUUGAUUUCUGUACAUUUGAACAAUUUGCCAUUACUCAAGAAAAUUUUAAUCGAAGUAAUAGAUAGAUUCAUUUGAUUCAUUUUCAACCAAUACUUUAUCUUUAGCACUUGCUAACCUGUAAAUUGAGUUAAAAAAAUUUAUCAAUUAUUUCUGUGAUAAGCCUACGAGAGUGUUGUCCUGCACAGCAUAGGGGAAUUCCAUUAGCUGAUUUGAGUGCAUUUAUGGCUAUUUAUGCAUAUGGUCAAACUAAAUAAUGCCUCUUGUGACUGUAUGUGCCCUUGCUAAAAUUUGGUAAGAUAUGAUGGAUGCUUUGCUAUUUUCAAUUUUCUUGUUUGGUAAGAUGACAGUCAUCUUAAAAAAUCUACUUCCAAAUGGGAUGGACUUUCAUUUUGUUAGAGAGAAGAAGAUAAACCUGCUUGAUGCGAAAGCUUUAUCUGGGCACACUUAAAUAUGAUCAUGGGGUUCAGUUUACAUUUUGGCUCACUGUAAUUUACUCAUAAAUACUCUGUCCUGUGUGUUUCUAAAAGUAAGUGAAGAAAAUAAGCUUAAUACCCUCCAUUUAGAGGGUAAAAAUGCUUGAAUGUAUGGUUGUGGUUGGAUGUUAUCUGUCUUGAGAACCAAAUAAUUUCCAAGUGCAAUGUUUGAUAGAAACUGUGAGCUUUAUUGUUCAAAUGCAAAGGUGAUGGAAAACUGUUAGCUGCAAGGAACUGGUAUAAUUGUAAUAUCAGCAGACAAUUAUAUUGGUCAGGGUAUAUUUUUGCACCAGGGAAAAUAUAGAUUUUUUUUUUUUACUUAUAACUUCCCUUAAUCCUCCAAAAUAUAAAAGUAUAAACAUAUUAAGUGUAAUGCUGAAAUAACUAUUUCUUUGAAAUUCAUAAGCCACAAAAUUUCCCUUAUUUCUAGUACUGCAAGUGAAAGUGUUGUCCCUAAAGAAGAUGCUACAGUUAAGGAGCUAACUUUGAUAUUAAGAGAAUGGUUUGUCAUCUGGAAAGACCUUUACAAGGUAUGGAAAUGAUAGAAAACUAAUGAUUAUGUAUUAAAUACACAUUUGAUCUGGAGAUGAAACUGAGUCAUCUUGGCCAUAAUUAUGAUGAAAAGACAUUUUGCAUGUCAUAAAACCACCACCUACCUACCCCUCCCCCUUCUCCCACCCCUCACUCCCCCCUAGAUUUCAAAAGAGAGGUGGGGAAUAUUUAGUGAUAUGUAGUUAAUUUUUUUGUUGACCAUUUUGAGUUAAAACAGUUGUUUUUUUUUUUUUUUAAGAAAGUACCUCAAAAUUUUUGCCACAGGUUGUAGCUUGUGGAAGAGUCUUCUGUAGCACAGUGGUGGAGCAUCAGAUUGUUGGCUCUUGGGUUCAAUUCCUUGUGGGGGGGGGAAGGAGGCUCAUUUUUUUCAUUUUUUUCCAUUACUUGAAUAAUGAAAGGCAUCAACCCUCUUUAAUGUGAUAGUAAAUGAUUUACGUUAAGAAAUGACCCACGUAAGUGGGCUGUAAUGGAAGCAAUUGCAGAAAAGAGCCUGAAUUCAUGCUUUGACAGGACUCAAAUCUGUGCCUCCGAGAUAUUAGUUAGGUGUUUCUACCAGCUGGGCUAGGAAGCCACACAUUGGGAGUGAGACAAAUGAUUUAGGGUUUUACAUAGGAGCCUGUUCACAAUUUUUAUUAACAUAACGUUUUAACACUUGUGCCAUUAUAGGGAAAACAAGAUCGCCUCUUUUUAGCACUAAAAACAAUCAUGUGGGAUUUAGUGGAGUGCAGGCAAAAGCUUCUAUCUGGAACACUGACACAGGUACUUGUUUACAUGUAUCAUAGAAAAAUGAUUUCAAGCCAGGGACACUGUAAGAGUGAGGAAAAGAUAACGUUGUAUCAAUGUGGGAAUGUGAAAUGUCCUAUUUAUUACACAUAAAAGUGUAAGUGACAACCCUGAAGGUAUUGUGGGUAGUUUUCAGAUCAUGGUUCCUUGACCUCAGGAUCUAUUAGCGAAAUCUGAGGAAAUGUCACUUUAAGGACCAGGCAUAGCAGGCUAGAUGAAUUUAUUAAAUAUUUCUUUGACUUAUUAAAAUUUAUUGAUUACCAGAUACCCAUAUUACCUUUCAAGGUUGCUGUGUCCACUUUUUCCUUUUUUUGAAAACCUUUCUUCAUACUUCUUUGUACUAGAUGAAAAUGAAAUAUUCAAAUCUGAGGAAAUUUUAAAACAUUUCAAGAUGGCUGAAUUCGUGCCUUCACAUAAGAUGUCAUUGUUUAAAAUAGAAGGAAGAUAAGAAAUUCAUAGACAUCUAUAAAACACGUCAUUGAAAGCCUUACAUGUUCAUUUCACAAUGCUAUCUAUUUUGUAGGAUCAAAUGGAUGACAUCAAGAAGAAAGCUAUUAAUAAAAUUGACUGGGGUAACAGGUAUGUAUGUACCUUAAUAAUCAUAAAUUCUCAUUUAGAGAAUUCUGUUACUUGUAACAACUGUUCAGCCACAAAAAGUGCUCCACACUGCAACUGUACUGGUCACCAUGGCAAGUAAGGUAAUAUUUUGGUAACCAUAAAAAAGUUUUGUGACAAAGGUCACUAAUUUGGCCUAUUUCCAAUUUAUGGUAAGGUCUCUUACCUACACACUAAAGCUGAACUUCCCUUGUAAGAAUUUAAAGCAGCACAAUGAUGCAAACCUAGAUAUUGUACUAAUGGGUAUUGUCUUUAAUUAUUUGCCAGCAAAAUGGGGCUGGAUCUCAUUCCAAGAGUGGAUGGAGAAGUGGUCGAUGCUGACUCCACAAGUGUUGUUGAACUCUACAAAGUGGUAUGUUGCAUGUAAUUACUGUAGAGCCUGUGGGUGUAUAUAUUAUGAGCCCUUUCUCCACAAAGAUCUAAUUUUUAGUAAUAUGUACUUAUUGAUGGAGUGGGAGGGCUAUACAGGAAAAUAUUUGGCACAAGGUGAUAAAAAGGUAAAACAAGAAACUCAAAAUUUAUUGAAACAUGUGACUUUUUUACUCAUUUCCUUUUUUCCGUUAUGUUUUUGCAACAAAUCUGUUUGAGUGCAGGGCCAGAUGGCCUUUUUCUGGAUUGGCUCAUGUCAACUUGUCCAGCCCCACGUGUCAGUUUUCUCUAUGGUUUUCUGGAUGGGUCAUAUGUUAAUCUUUCUUUCUGCCUUAUAAUUCUACUUAUAAUAAUUUAUUAGUUUGGAGAAUUUGGUAUUGGAUCAACUAAAAAAAAUCAUCAAAUUGAUAUUUUCUUCAUUCUCAUCACUUUUCUGCUAGAUACUGUACUGACUUGCUGUAGAGAAAUUCUUUCCUGGUACUCAUGGGAGUAAAAGGGUUAAUUAACAAUUGGUUCAUAUGUCAGUGUGCUUUCAUCGAGAUAUGAAGCACUUGGUUAGUUUGGAGAGCACGAAAGAUGCAUUAGAGUUGCUCAAGGCGUAGCUUCUUGAGUGCUCUCCAAACUUCCCAAGUGCUUCAUAUCUCAAUGAACACACAGCUGAUGUAUGAACCAAUUGUUUUAUAACAUUUUCAACCCAAUGGAAAAUUUUUUUGGGAGGGUUUGUUUCCUGACGUUAUGAGCGUGCACAAUAGGAAUAUGAAGCACGCUUGCGCAAUUGAAUUUGUUUACUAGACAAAUUUACUAGCUAUGUUAUAUCACAUGGUAAUUUAAGUGGCUCACUGGAUGAAUAUCUAAUUGACAAACUAACUUUAGUGCUUGGACAAUGUUGACUGCGAGGUUGAAAUAAGUGAUAUUCUUAUUUUGUAUUUAAUGGAAGUAGUCUGACUCAUGGUGUCUUAGAUGACGUGUAAUUUUCUAUUUGCAUCUGUUUUAUUUUUAGCAUGUGUCAAGUGCUGAAGCUAAUCUCCAAAUAUCAGUAAGUUAUAAUUAUUGAAAAAAUUAUAAUAUUUUAUUCAAAUAUUAUUUGAAUAAAAUGGUAUUGAUAUUGUUCAUUGAACACCUAUCAUCCAAUAUAUUUCCAAAAUACCUGUUUCUUAAUUUUUCUAUAAAACAGCUUGUAGUUGAGGAUUUGAUUUUUACCUAUCAAUAAUUUCCAAUGAUUGUGUUAUUGUCAAUUAUAUUAAAUCAUUUACCAUGGAAUAUCAGAGGUUGAGAAAAUAUUCCUUUCAAGGAUACCUAUCUGUGGGGAUAUAGUUGACCCUUUUCAUACUAACAUCUGUAUCUAUAUUCUUGAUACUCUUUUCUAUAAAUUUCCUUUGGCACUGACAAGGAGAAUUAGCUCAACAAUCAAAGCUUGUUAGGUUGGCGAUCAUUUCCUAUAUUCUUGUGAUCUGAAUAAUUAUGUGAUUCAGAGGUGAUAUUGUGAGAAGAAUUUAAACCCUAGUCACUCCUAUGGGUCAAAGGUUUAAAGCAGUUGCAGGUAGUUAAACCUGAAAAAAUGAUUUAGACGAGCUUGGGACUUGGGUACAGCCAUGCCUCUCAUAUAUCCAUUGAAUGAUACUACAGUUUGUAUUAGCUGGGUAUAAAUCUACAUUUUGGAGAUAAGGAAAAUUCCUGUGAGCUCUUUUGUACCCUCCACCCACCCCCUCCCCUCACAAAUAAUGUUGAAUUAAAUCUAUAACAUGGAAAGUGCUUCAGUCUUUCUUUUGUUAUUUCUCAAGCUUCAGUUUUGUUAUCAUAGAUGCUCCUCUAACAUGCAUAGUUGUUUGUUGCACUCAAGCAAAGUUGUGUAAUUAUGUCAGGGGAGAGGAAAUUUCAAGAAGACAACCACUCGUGGUGUCAGCACUGUGAUACACCAUGUCUACCUGAACAUGACAAACUUUACGCACAACAUGGAUGAGAAGAGCCAGGUGUUUUUCUCCAUUUAUGAUGCAAGGGAAGGAAGAUUCAUUAGGUGUGUGAAUGCUUUAUACUUUAUUUAUUUCACUAUAAAUUUAAUUAUCAAGUUACCGGUAUGAAAGAAGACUAAAGGUGGCAAGAAUGGCCAUGAGAAAGCAAAGGGCUUUUACACAAUGGGCUCCCUCUUAAAAAUAUUAUUUUUUGAGGAAGAAUAGUGACGAAUCAAUGGCAGAGAGGAAAUUGAGCAGAGCUAGAAUUAUUUUAAAUAGUGGGGAUAAGUUUCCAAUGAAAUUGUGGUGCUACGUCAGUGGGAGAGUAUAACAAAGUAGUUUGGUAUUAUCAACUGAGUUGAUAACGUAAAUUGGCCACCAGUAAGAGUUUCAAAGCUGAUGUUUCAAGCGUUAGUCCUUUGUUAAUCACUCUAAAGAGAGGGGUGAUUCUUGAAACUUAAGCUUUGAAACUCUUAAUGGUGGUCAAUUUACAUUAUCAACUUAGUUGAUAAUACUAAUUCAAAAUUACCUUAAAGUUAUUUUAACUGGCUUAUAUUUAUAAAUCAUUCUAUAUAAGUGAAAAAUUGGAAAAAAAGUGAGAGUGAAGAAAUGUAAAAUGGUUUCCGUGUUUACAUAGCCUGAUGUAAACACAUGGGAGGUUGGGAGAACACGAGAUAAGCGUAGGAAACCACGACAUGAAGCAGAGUGGUUUCCAGCUUAUGAAAGAGGAACGAAAACUGUGUUUACAUACGCUCGUGUAAAAUGGUUUUAUGGCCAAUCAGAGCGCGCAUACUAUUUGAAUCAUUUUAUAAAAAAAUUUAAAUAGUGAUACAACAACAUUAUAAACAUGAAAUAUGAAAGGUUUAUCAUAAGAGGACAGUUUUCAUUUGUGAAGUGAAAGAGACAGUACUGGGAGGAUUUUGAAUUUUGGAGUUAAGAGAGGUAAAGAAUUUAGGAUCUUAGAAAGAGAUAGAAAACAUUCUUAUAUUGGUCCUACACUGGGGUAAAUAAAAGGUUCAGUGCUUCUCAUUUCAGUACCGUUUUUGUUUGUAAUUGUGUAUUUCUUUAUAUGCAGUGAGAGGUUUCUAGUUUCUAUAGGAAAAAGUGAUAGCACACUGAAAGUUAACCAACCACAGAAGAUUGAAAACUCAUUCUGUGUUUUUACUGUAAGUAUGUGACAAUGUCAGUUGUCAGAUUAAUUGUUAACUAAGUAGAGAAUGAAUGUUAAAUGUGGGAACUUUUACAGUUUGAGUAAGAUGUUUGUUUGAGGCCUCCAAAAAAUCCUAAUGUUGUUUGAGAAAAACUGUAAUAGAUUUCAGCAUACAGACUUUGUCCAACCCUGUACAUUGUAUAACAUAUAUAAUAUUUUGGAAUGAGACUUUGGUUCAUAGUACCAGACAUUUAGACCUCAUUCACAGAUACUGACAUCCCACAGUGUAGUUAGGGCUUCUAGCCCUGAAAUAUAACCUGCUUUGGAGGUUGUUGUGAAAUUGCACACCUUGUUUAGGAUGCAAGACCCCAUAAGCCAAACCCUGCUUGACAGCAAAUGCCCAAGGCAGUGCCAACCUUCCUUUCAGAAGGAGUAUGAAUGCCAUCAUCAUAUUUUAGGCUUCCAUUUGAGAAAGACAACCUGUUUUGAAGGCCAUGUGGUGCAAUUUUAUACCCAGGUUUAGAUGCAAGACCCCAACAACCAUAUCCUGCUUAACAGCACAUGACCAAGGGAGUGCCACCCACUGUUAACCAUAAAGUACACACUAAUGUUGCACAAAAUCUAAAAGCAGUUAAAAUUUUUACUAUAGAGAGGCAUUAUAAAUUAGGCAAACUCAAGAGAAUAAAUAUGCAAAUAUAACUUUAUUUUUAAUUGCAGGACCUUGGGAGCAAGGAUGUGUUAGCUGAAGCUUUUCUUGUUGCUCACAUUGUGAGAAUAGGUAUGUUGCCUCUGAGGACUAGAGCAGUAAUUUUGUUCUAUGUUUUGUAUCAAGGAUUUUGCUUUCUAUUCUGUGUCAUUUGCUGCAAACUUUUAACUCAGCCCUGAUUCAUAUUUGUUUUCAAACAGAGCUCCUAACCUCCUUUUUAUAGUAGAUAAAAAUUUUACAUGUGUUAUGCAGACAAUGCACCUUACAUUUAACACACCCCCACUCUCUCUCUCUCUCUCCUUGCCACUCUGUUUGUUUCCAACUGACUGUUUAAGGAAAAUGCUUGAGAAUAGAAAGAGGAGAUUUGGUGGGUUUUAGUGACUCAAGUUACAUUGUUUUACCAAUCAGUUAACUCCAUUUAUUUAGUAACCACUUCCAAUACCCUUUUAUUUCUUAGGGAGAAUGCUUACUGAUGGUUCAUCCAAGAAGGUCUCGACUACAUCUUAUAGAAGGCCAUUUGGAUGUGCUGGUGAGUGAAAUUUCUAGCAUAAAAGUGCUUAAGGGUGUAAUGUUGCCAUUCUUGUAGAAACCUCUUCAAUUCAUUUAAAUCUGUCUUCAAUGUGGCUUUUGAGGGCCCUUUUUUCAGGACAAAAUAAACAAACUGUAAAAGGACAGUUUUUUGUGUCAAACAGAAAUGUAAAUCUAUUAAGUAAUAGUAAACAUUCCCUUUUACUUCAAGUGUUGGAUAUAGUGGACGUUUUGACUGGAAGGGAAGAGCGUUUGGAGGAGAAGGAAUUCCACAUGCCAAUUUUCAGGUGAGCAUAUUUUAUUUUUCAACUUUUUUAUUUAUUUAAUAAGUAUUAUUUAACUAACUUUUUAUUGAUUUGUUUAUCAGGGGUGACUCCUUGAAGUCAAUAUGCCACAAUUUACUCAGUUUUUGUUUUAAAUAGGCUUGUGAAAUGAAAAGGUUUUGUCUGCGCAAAGGUUAGGUUUUGAUGGCCUUCCUGGCACGCCCCUUCCCUAUGAGUGUUGACCCUUUUCUGACCUGAAGGAGAAAUGGGACAAUCAUUGUUGUAAACUAAAUGUUUUAUUUUUGGGUUUAAUUUCCAGUUGUAGUGACAGUGAUUUCUGGAUGGUCCAUGAUAGUAUCAUUAGAAAACAAACCAGCAAGUACAGUGCUUCAAGCUCAAACAGCAGUGAGUUAAUAAAUUUAUGAGUGUUAACCCUUUUAAAAUACAUGUUGAGAGAAUAAGUCACAGAAAUUUAAUUUAUAAAUGUUCAAAAUCUCAAGCACUGAAAUGAUCAUGUGGUAUGGUGCAUUUCUAGAGAGCAUGAGAAUAGUGAAAGACAAUUGGUUUUAUCAACUGAGUUGACUAAGUAAAUUGAGUUUCUAGGAACUCUUUAGAUACUCUUUAUGAUGGCCAAUUUACAUUAUCAACUCAGUUCAUAAAACCAAAUUAUCUCAUAAUACCCCCCACUGAUGCAGCAGCACAGUUUCUUUAGAAACAUGUCCCCUGUAUCCAUGAGGAUACAGAAGCCUACUUUCAUGUAAGAAUAAUGUGUAGCAACUGAUAUUUAGCAAGGUGAAAAUUUGUCUUUGUCUAUAAAGUAUGUCUUGACUGAUGAGCUUUAAGAUUUUUGAAGAUAAUUUCCUUUUUUUCACAAGUUUUUGUAGUUCUCUUUGGUUCUCCGUUUUCAGAUUUUAAUUAUGUAAUUGUAUUUUCAUUGGUCAGCAGGAUUGUGCUGGCCAUUUAGCAAAGGACAGAAACAUAUGAUUAUAAAGUUAAAUUUGAGUUUGAAUUGCCUAUGUGUCUCUUCCCAAACUUCAGUGGUCACAUUCUGUGCUCAAAUCAAACUCCUGCCAACCCCCUUACUCCUCUUUGUAAGCUGGCUAUGUAGGAUAAUAAGGGCAAAUAUUUACUUUUUUUCCAGGUAUCUCUGUUUCCCUGAGAGUGUUUCAAGGUGAUCUGGAUAAGGUAAACCUUCUGUGUUACUCUCAUAGUUUAUUUUUUUACAGAAUAGAAAAGUGGAAGGGGUGGGGUGGGACAGGCAGAGUAAGCAUAUUCUUUAAUAAUCUCUAGUAAGAGGAGUCUCCAUGUGAGAGGUUUUUUUUUUUGUAAAAAGUCAUGCUCACCAUAGAGUCUCCAUAGCUUAGUAGUAGAUCACCAGAACACAGAAUUGGAAGGUCUGUGGUUCAAUUCCUCAUGGGGACUCAGAAUUUUUUCCUUUGUCUCAUGCUUAUGACUAGACCAAAAAAUCUUUCUGUAGGUUUUUCAUAACUGCAAACUGGGUAUUAAUAUCCUUAUCAGGAAUUCGUAUGACAAAUUUAUCAAACAUUUUUGUUAUUGAUGGUUGAGUGUAUGUAUCUGUAACAGUUGUGGUUCAGUGAAGCUAAAUCAAUGACAUGUUUAUUUUCAGAUUCAAAGUGAAAACCCCCUUGUAUUGCCAAAAGGGAUUCCAGUUGUCAGAAAGUUAGGGUUUCCUGAUGUUAUCAUGCCAGGUUGGUAUGACACAUCUAGUUGUUGAACUUGUAAUGUAUAUGUCUGAAAUAAUCAACUGCUAGCAUCUUUAUUAAAUUAAAUUUUUCUCUCACAUUCAUGGUUAAAUUCAUUAAAUUUUAUCACUCAUUUCAACUCAGAAUGGAUUGAUGCAUUUUAUCUCCACAGGUGACAUAAGGAAUGAUCUUUAUGUUACUAUCGAAAGAGGAGAAUUUGAAAAAGGUAAUGAAUUCAAAUAAACUUUUUUUCUUCAGUUAGGCUUCCUUAUAUCUAUUAGGGCCUAGGCAAGAAUUUACAGUUUGAACAAGAAGUUGAACAUGGAUUCUUUCUUUCUAAUUAGGAUCAGGAAAAACUACAUCCAAAAAUGUUGAGGUUUCCAUGUGUGUCCUUGGACCCAAAGGCAAAGUGAUUGAGGUAAUGGUUAUUCAUGAAAUAUUGAAGGCCAAAGAUAUGAAGGUGCAGCCAAAAGGUUGACACCUUAGACUCUGGGUGGAGUGGUGUGGGUUUGAGAUGUAGUCAGGCCAGCAAGUUGUGUUCCUGGGCAAGACACUUUAUUUUCACAGUGCCUAUCUCCACUCAGGAAUAUAAAUGGAUAGCAGUUAACUGCUGGGAAAAGCUGACAAUGGGGUAACCCAGCAAUGGACUUGGAUGAUAUCUAGGGUGGAGUAAUAAUACUCCUAAUCGCUUCUUGGUACAGAAACUGGGAUAAGCUCCAACUGAAUAGGCCACUGUGCCAUGCCUAAGAGCAGACUUUACUAAACAGGAGGAAGGGAACUUCUGCCUUUAAAUUUCAUGAUAUUUUGCUCUACCACUAAGCUAAAGAAAACCUUUUUAUGAGCCAGUUGGUGUACUAGGUUCAUAAAUGAACAGUGUCCGGCAUAUUGUUAGGUUCAGCAACUCAUUGCUUUCACCUUUGCUGAUUAUUGCUGGGUGUGGGAUGUUUGUCUCAUGUGAAUCCAGCAUAUGGCCUGGAUGUCAAUUAGUUCACUAUAGCUGAGAGUUAUAGCAUCAGACUGCAAAGAUCUGAUGUUCAAAUCUGUGUGGGAAGGCAGACUUUUACUUUUUCUCAUCCUCACAGUGUAUUUGUGUCUAUUGUUGCAACUAGGAUACCCAUGCAGUGUCAGUUUAUGUUCAGGGAUGGUAGUUAUCUGAAAUGUAGAUUAAAAAUGAAACUUACAUUUUUUAUUUUUGUGUUUUUAAUUCAGGAUUGUAUUUUCCUUGGGGCUGGAGGUUCCAGUGUAACAGAAUAUCAGUCCAUUAUCUUUUAUCACAACAGCAGCCCAAAGUGGAAUGAAACCAUAAAGGUGAAUUAUUAGAUUAGUGUCUGAAACUUCCUAACCCCAGGGGAAUGGUUACACAGGCUGAGUGACUUGUUGUCAUGGUACCGAUAUAAAGCAUAAAAUGCGAACUCUUGACCCUGAUAAUGAAUUCCAUUAACCCUAUGGCCCCUAAGAGUGACCAGCAUCUAAUUUCUCCCUUCAAUAUCAGCACUGAAUCAAACAUCAAGGCAGCUCUUGAUUGUUAAACAAAUUCUCCUUGUCAGCACUUUAGGAAAUGUAUAGAGAACAGUAUGGAGAAUAUGCAUACUGAUGCUAGAGUGCAAAGGGUCACGGUUGCAGAGGCAUCAGUCACUCCUACCGACAAAAGUCCUUCCCAGGACUCUCACGCUGGCGAUUAGAUUGUGCCAUCUACGAACAGCAUCUGUUACAAACAGCGAACAAAUUUGUGCUAUCAAAUUCAAACAACUGAACAAGCAUCGUACUCCCAAUUUGUGCACUGAUGGUAUUGUGUCCAAAUUGAAUCGUACAUAUAGGCAGAGGGAAUUUUGUUUAAACUACCACAUUGAAAAUUGUUACAAAACAGUAUUGGUUCUUGCCUACGUUGUGCAUUCAUCGAGAUGCAAAGGACAUGGAAAGUUUCAGAGGUCUUAUGAAGCUCAAUUUCCUUGUGGCUGGAUCUUGAGCAACACUUGCGUAUCUUUCAGUCUCUAAAAACCUCCUGCGUGCUAAGUAUCUCAAUGGACGUGCUCUGACCAAUUGUUAUACAUAGAAUCACCAAUUGCCAGAUUCUAAAGAUGAACAUCACAUUUUGGUAUAACUGGUUACUAAAUAUUUCCCAUCUAUGAUUUGAUAACAGAUACAGCUUCCCUUUGAAUUGUUCUUGGGAGCCCAUUUGAGAUUUGGCUUUAGACAUUUGUCAAAGUUUGAAGGUUUGUACUUUGUUAGAGUAUUAGCAAUCAAGUUUUGAAAAUAACUGUAAAUGAACAUACCAUGAAAUUCUUCCUGAAUCAGAUUUAAACCAUUUACUGUCCCAUCUUAACCUGUAUUACAAAAUAAGAAAACGCUAUUAAUCGUGGUUGAGUAUUAAGAGCCUAACGGCACAUUUAUACUGGAGGAACUUUAUCCUGGUAUCUAAAAUGGGUCAUUCCUACUGGAGGAACCUUAUCUUGGUAUCUAUAAUGGGUCAUUUCUAUCGGAGAACCUUAUCAUGUUAUCUCUAAUGAACCAUUUUUACUGAGUGAACCUUUUCCUGGUGUCGAUAAUGGGCCAUUUCUGCUGAAAUAACUUUAUCGAAAGCGCGAAAAAUGUUUUUCCUCCUGCGGGUUUCUCACCCUUCGCGCUUUCCUCGCGUCCUCCUCGUGCGAGUUUACGCUCGCCUGAAAAACGCAAAAGAAUUUACGCCUAUCCCGCAGGGUAGUAUCUUGUGAUAAGAUUCGUCGAAGGCCCCCAUAUAAAUGUCUGGGUGAAGAACACAACACAAUCACUUUCCUAAGUUUCACUACACUAACCUUGAAGCCUUUCCAGCUGCGACAGUUAAGAAUUAUGACAAUUUGUUUAUUUGAAUUGUUUUAACUUCAUUUCAAAAUUCAGAAAGGGAGAAAGCCGACAAGACAUUUGGUUUUGCUUUUGAGAGCCUGAUGAGAGCUGACGGGACUACCAUCUGUGAUAGUACACAUGACCUGUGUGUCUAUAAGGUGAGUUUAGCUUUCAUUGUGACAAGUGUAAUCUGUUCUGGUACUGUACUUCAACUAAGGCUCAAGUAUUACGAAGCGUUGAUUAGAUUUUUACGAGUCUGGUUUGAUUAUCUGGCUACGAACAACUUGACCAAAUAAAGUUUAUGAUCUGCAUAACACAGUAGACAUUGUAGGUAUAACGUGAACACAGUACAUAGCUCGAUUGAUUCACACAGCAAUUCCUUUGAGAUGGAACUCUUAAUCGUGUCAGGGAAGCCCAUUCAACAGCUGAAACCUUGAACGUUAAACAUUCAAUUUCGACCUCACUCACUCACUCACUACCCUUUGUGCUAAUAGAGUGUAAAGUAACACCCCUGUGAGUCACUUCCUUAUCGUGGGGUGUAGUCAUCAUCCCGAAGUAACUCCUAAGGUGGUAAGAAAGUCUUUUAUCCCUCGGGGUCGUCCAUUUUUGAUAGGUCAGAGGCCAAGGGUUUGACGACGACUUAUCCCCUGGUUCGCCGGGAUGGGAAAUAGACGCAGGGCUAACAACCCUGUUUCGUGAAAAACAAAACAAAACAAACAAACAAAAAUAAAAAUAGAAAAAAGCAAAUAUAAACUGUAUGGGUGUUUUCCCACUCUCUAGACCAAUUUUGUGGCUCAAAUGUUACUGGGCCCUUUCGCACUGGUAAAAUUUAGAAACACUGAAUGCACCAUGUAUACGAUGUACAUUCACGCGGUACAGAGCUGAGACUAUGAACUACCAUACACGCUCUAUUUGUUUUCCUUGGUUUGCUUACAUCUUGAUUCUGCUUGUCAGUCAAAAAGAGCAAAAAAUGUUUUUGCCUCUACAGUAUGAUGAACAUUGUUUCUAUGACUCGAAGACUUAUCUCCACAUGCCAUCAACUUUGUCAAAAAUGGCAAACCAUACUAUUGCGGGCUCAGAUCGAUUGGUACGCAACUCAAAGGAUGCCUUUUACAUCAAAACGAUAGUGUGUUCCACAAAGCUGACUCAAAAUGGUAAGAGCCUAUAAAUAGUGUGCUUAGGACAAAAUGCAUUAGGAACGGUAGCUAGGCGUUCAUCCUGACCAUACAAAAAUGUUUUUUCUUUGGGGAGAAGGGAUUGUUUGUUGGUCUUCCUCAGUGUUCUUUUUCCUUUUGGGAGUUUUCACCCCCCCCCCCCUUCUUGAACAAAACCCAAAACUCUAAUUUCUAAUUAAAUCGGAGAGCAGUGGCUAAGGAACAACUUUCUGUAUGUAAUAUCCGAGUUAUUUUUUAUUUACCCUUUUAACAAGUAGGUUCUAUCAUUGAUAUUUUUUCAGUUGAUCUUGUUGGUCUGUUGAGAUGGAGACAACAGAAGCGUCAAAUCCCAUCGGUGUUAACUUCUUUGCUGAAAAUCGAUGGAGAAGAAAUUGUUAAGGUUAUUUUGAUUGUUGUUGUUGGUUUUUUUCUCGUAAUAAUUUCGAUCGAUCUGAUCAUUCAUGGAAGACAGGAAAGUAAUAGAGUUCACCUGGUUAUUGUAACCGGGUCGAAUGUAUUGCUUUAUAUUUUGUCAAAACAUAUUUGAUCUUUAGCUAGGGGUUUGAUCUUUAGCCAGGGGUUUGAUCUUUAGCCAGGGGUUUGAUCUUUAGCCAGGGGUUUGAUCUUUAGCCAGGGGUUUGAUCUUUAGCUAGGGGUUUGAUCUUUAGCCAGGGGUUUGAUCUUUAGCUAGGGGUUUGAUCUUUAGCCAGGGGUUUGAUCUUUACCCAGAGGUUUGAGUCAUUGACGGUAAACUUUUCUUAAAAUUGACCUGAUGAAGAAAAGGGACUGCCUCGAGCUGGUGCAGUGUUAAAGAUAUCGAGGUUUUUAUUUAGGAAGAAUAAACUUCUGGUGAAUUUUUUUAAGCAAGACUAGGGGAAAUCAACUUUCAAGCCAGCGCGAGAAUCGAGCCACGGGAUCGACUUACUAAUAGCCAACUGUACAAAUUACUUAUUUGUGUUUGAUAAUUUCACAGUUUCUUCAAGACAUUUUUGACGCCCUGUUUGCCAUUCAGAACGAAAGUUCAGAACAGUGUGGAAACCUCGUGUUUCAAGCUUUGGUGAGUGAAGUAAACUGGUCAGCAAAAUAUUUACUUACGGGAAACGUAUUUCAUUGAUGCAUUUAUGUGAAGAGGUCAGAAACAAAACCAAUAUAAAGAGAUAUUGUUUAGAAGGGACUCUUGUGGGAUGAAGAUAGCGAGGUUAGGAGAGGAGAUAUUUGUAUAGGAACAACUUAAUUUUUGCUGGAAGAGCGUGGAUGUUUUAAUGUAUAGAUUAAGCUUUUAUUGGGUUUUAAGGAACAAAACUCUGAUAAAACGCUUUGUCUUUCUGGUAAGUAGAUAUAUGGUUAGUAGAUCUCUUUGAUCGUACCACGUCCGUGACGAAUGAAUAACAAUUAUCUUCAGCGUCAUGAGUUCAUGCCCAGGGCAAAGGAGUUGUUUGAAAUCCUAUAAAGUAAAUCAAUUCGUUAUUGGAUUUUGAUCAGCGUUAAAUUCGUUGCUUUUCCAGGUUUUUAUCAUCUGCAUUUUGUCUGAUGAAAAAUAUCAACACUUCCAAGAUGUGCUGACGACAUAUAUUGAAAAACAUUUCAGUGCAGCCUUGGCGCACCGGUAAGUUUGUACGACUAGUGUACGGUUGGACGAGAGCCGUAAAAACUGGGGCGAGUGCACCAAAUCAAGGCUUACCGGUGAAUCUGCCCAAUAGAUGGAUGGACUGUUUCAUUUCGCUUUUUAUUUUCUUCGUAUAAGCUUUCUUCAGAAAUGAUAUGUGGCGGAAGAUGGCUUCCAAAGGAAGGGGUAGUUAUAUUUUCUUUUACAUGCUCUGGGUUGUUUUCAUUAGUCAAGCCUCGAUCUUCCCAGAUCCGGUUCCUUUACCGGUUUGCUGCAGAUGAGUGCAACAUCUGGAUGCUCCUGUUUAACUACCCGGGUGUUAAUCAGUCUUCAACUGGUUUUCCUUCCUCUUGAAACGCUGUUCCUAAAAGUUAUACAUUUCAUGUUUAACUGGCAUAGCGCUCAACUGAACAUUUUACAAAAACCUAAAUUAUUGUUAAUAGGAUUUUGGGUUGAAAUGCCGUAAAAAUAACUAUUAAAUGUUGUUAAACCAAAAUUGUUGCUUCCUAGUACGACUGUCUUACUCCAUUUAUAUUUUGCAUUAACUUUCUGUUGUUCUUUUUUGUCUGUUUGUUUUUUGUUGUUUUGUACUUUGUGCAUUUGUUGCAUUGAUAUUUUUAUCUUCAGUGAAGACUUUCAUUUUUGUUUGGCUUUUUUCUUUUACUUCAUUUUUUGUUUUGUUCUUUUACAUAUUUAUUUUGGCGUAGGAAGCUAAUUAACCGCCUGAAACAGACCCUGAUAUAUACAGGAGAAAACGAUAAAAUGGAUAACCUCCGAAAUACCUUGACGGUAAUGCUAAUCAUCGUCCACUAAAAGUUGAUUUCCACUUUAGACGAAGUCGAAGUCGGAGUCGUAUUCAGAGAGACAAAACGAUAUGAUCCGGUGAAAAUCAAACCGAUGGAAUCCAGGGGGUUCAAUAAAUUUAAUUUAUUUUUUUUGGUAAAAGUGCCGUAAGGCGAAAACCCAAACACGAGCGCCUGCUCGCAGGGUCAACAGACGGGGGUGAGAGGUCUCAUGGGCAGCGGUAGACCACCGGUAACCAGCUUUUAAUGAAACCACGUGUGGAAUCGCAAACAGAAUACAGAUGCCGACAUUAUCUGUUGGUCAUGAUUCAAUGAAAACUAGAUUUUUUCAGAGUCGUAAGCAAUCUGAGGGCCUUAGGAUUAGCAUUCUUAUUGGUUGGUUCUUCUGCUUCUGAUUGCGACUCCAGCAAUCUGGUUGUCAUUAUAUCCUUGGCGUCGUGGUCCAAGGUGGAAUCGGAAACGUUCGGAUUUUUCUGAUUCCGUUCGGCUCAUGAUUCCGCUUAUGAUUCAGAUUUUCCCGAUUAACUUUUACGGCCCCGACUUAGUCUCCGUCACUAUUUGCAACUACGCUUAAUUUUUUUGUUUAGACAAUCAGUCACUCAAACAUUUUUUUGAUGUUGUAUUAUUUUAUUGAUAUUUAGAACAGAAUAAGGUUGGUUCAUCGAGUGCCGGUCUUUUCACCUAUUUCAUCUGGUUCGGUGUGAAUUUAAUUCCACUCUCUCUCUUUUUUUUUCCAGGCCUUAGAAUAUCUUUUUAAAUUCAUUAUUCAAUCAAGAAUUCUGUUGAUCAGGCAAGUAACUGUUUGUACUUCUCUUGUGCAAUACGAAUUUGCUAGGGCACGUUUCGACCGGGUGUCAUGAAACCAACACCAAAGUGAUCGUAACAGCCCCGUAGAUAUCCAAUGAGAAGUUAGGAUUUGCUUUAUCUUGCCCGCUCGUGGAGACAGUCAUGAUAUGAAAUGAAAUAGUGAUCGUCAUCUGUCGAGACCCUAACUGGCGAUCGUGUAUUCUAUUCGAGUAUUUGUUUGUUUUCGAGCACUUUUAGUGAAUUUUAGGGAAAGCCAAGACCAAAAUAAUUCUUAAAACAGCUGACUGGAACGAAGAUAAAUUUCUCAAGGAGCCAUCGAGAAUCAGUCGUAUAAACACGUGAUCUGCUCCGAACGCAAGAAAGCGCGGGAAAGCGCGGGAAAACGCGAGGUGAACAAGGUGUGGUUGAUUUCAUGUAAGCGUCUGAUUGGCUGGCUAGGUGACACGAGUAUUCUCGACCAAUCAAGUGCAGGAAAGCAAAACUAGUUUUGUAUCAGAUUCUCCUGACACUCGAUGCAAAUUUACUCCAUUAAUUGUUAUUGCCUGGUUUCCUUUUUUUCGUCCUUGCCUCGUCUAUCGCCAGUCCUCUCUGUUUGAAAGAUAAGCUCUGUUUAAUACAUUUUACUUUUCCAUUAUUAAUAUAUAAUUUGGGCGCAGAGGAAACCUCUACUUUGAUAUACUCUACCAAACAGUUUCUUUUCUCUUUUUUUAGUAUGAAUAGAGGACGAGAUGCGAAAAGUUACGAGAAUUUUAAACAAGAGCUGGCCUCCGUGUUCACUGAUCUUAACGCACUGAUAUCCUCACGUCUCCCAGACAUAACUUUAAAAGUACGUUGUAAACGUUGCUUAUCUUACAACCGACAUAGUCUCCAAGUGAAAGGAGAAGUAUUCUCCAGGAACUAGAUAAUGGUCCUCUUAUUAUAAAAAUCUACCCAUAGCAAGUUUUUGUUAUGGGUAUUAGAUUUCGAAAGCUGAAUGUUUUGCUUUGAAAGCAGAAGUUAAUUAAUUUAUUUUCAUUAUUUCUUCGACAGUCUCUAGCAAUGGUGAAUUUUUCAGGAAUUUAUCAAGAUUCUUUGAAAGUGUUUAGCUAUGAAGAAUUAAGGUAACAAAUUGUUCGUUGUUAAGUUAUGUCAGUCCAGAACUGCCAUCUAACCUUUAAUAACACUUCAGACCCGGUCAGUUCUCAUUUUUUUCACUUUAAUUAUUUUUUAGCGGACGGUUGAUAACUUUAGCAGUAGGAAGGCAACGCCGAGGAAGACGUCGAUCUAAGACUUGAAUUUAUAUCUUUAGUUAGCGUUUUACCAGUAGCUGAACGCGUCUACCGUCUCUCACGGCGUUACACAUUUACUUCAGGAUAACGUAUGUGAGCAGCGUUGAGUUCAAAAUGGAAGCUUGGCAAUUGGCCGUGGGAAUUUCCGUUCUCAGAGCGCGCAAAUGUUGGUGAUUUCACGCACUGAGCGACUGUUUUGCUCAUAAGUAUUUUGUUUUGCCACGUUGUCGUUGCUGUCGUAGUCGUGGUUUGCUUAAGGCCGGUCAAACGCGCGCAACAUUUCAACGCAGCGUCUUGCAACAGUAAGGACCUUUCGCAAACCACGACGGCGAAGGCAAGGAGAACGUGGCAAGACAAAAGAUCUGAUGAGCAGAACAAUAGCUCAGCACGUGCGUUUUAAAACUGUGUACAUUUCUUAGCCGCCCUCUGCAAAAUAACAACGUGAAAUCAUCAAAAUUUUCGUGGUCUUAAAAAGGGAACCCAACGGCAAAUUGUUUAAGUUUCCAUUCGUACUCCACGCCGCUCUCAUACGUUGUGCUGAGAGUAACUUGUGUCGCCGUAAGAGAUAGUAAACACAUCCAGUAAUUCGCGAGAUUACAACUAAAAAUAUAUAUUCAUUUUUAAAUCGACGUCUAAAAUCGAAAAUAUAAGUGUUUUGCCCAAGAACAAGACACAAUGACCUGGCCGGGUCUCAAACGCGCACUUUUUGACCUGAAGUCGAUAAAUGUGAUUUUGUAACAUAACGUGAAGAUCUCUUUUUACUUUAUAGCUAAAAAAUUGUGAUCAUUCUUAAUUUCUCGGAAAAUUUUUUUGCGUGUAAGCAAUAAUAGUAACGGUGAACGUGUUUUGGAAGAUUUGACGUAAGUAAUUUAGUGUUAGCAACUGACUUGAAAACGUAAAUUGGCCACCUUAAAGAGUAAAAAGGCGGACGUUUCGAGCGUUAGCCCUUCUUCAGACUCUAACGCUCGAAACCCACCGACACAGCACCACAGUUUCUUUAGAAACUUACCCCCUUUAGAUAUUUGACGCAAGUUUGCCUUUGGAAGAAAAGAGCCUUUAAAAAGCAACUUCUGGCUUAGUUCCGGAUGUAAUUAUGUUCUCGUAUAUUUUUCUUCUUAGUACCAUUGCGAAGGAUUUUCUUCUCAGUGCAGCAAAGGAUCAGAAAGGGCUCAACAAUAGCAGACUGCAGUUUAUUGAUGCAACAGUAAAGAGUGAGCUCUUUGUGCACAAAGGUAAAUUUUCUUUUCAUAGGCAUUGUUGUCACAAAACACGACGUCCGAUUCCUCUGCUGCUUUCCUUGCAAUUGCUGUACGUUAUUUUACAUGAGCUAUUUCAUCAAUAAAUUUCUGAAUGUCAUUACUGCAUAUCCACCGUACCAAUAAGCAAUGAAUUGGUUUGUUUUUAUUCCUUAAGAAUCAAGGGCAAUCUUGAUGCCAGUUCUUGUGGCUACCAUUCAACAACAACUGAUACAAAAGCAAGACAUGAGAAAAUGUGCCGAAAUAGUGGGAUCAAUUCUUGCCUCACUGCACAAAAAAUCUGCGGUAAGUUAAUUACAAGAAUCGAAUAAAAUAAUUACGAGGACUCCUCCAAGUCCUCCCUAAAUCCGUGCGAGAAAGGCAAAAACUAGUGCUUAAAGACGAACAGAAAAUGAAAACUAUAGCUGUAACUGAGUUUAAUAAUUGUGUAACUUUCGAUUAACCAGUUAAGUUUUGGAAGUUAUGUUCGGGAGUCACUCUCUGACAGUUUAGGGGAGUGAUCUGUCACAUGCAGUUGAGGAGAAUGAACAAAGCUGUAGAAUCGUGAUUAUUUGUAACCUAUUACAUGUAGGAGGUUAUAUGCAGGUCACGUUGUGAGCCACGGUCAAUGAAAAGGAAGAGAAAAAUUCCAUCAAAUGAUAAUGCGGCAAAUUAAUCAGGAAACGAACGCAGAAAAAGUUGCAUCAGAAAGUUUGUUAAAGCCGUGACUCGUUUUUAGCUCGGAAGAUGGCUGAAAGCCUUUUCCGAGUAGUUGUUUUGUCCCAAAACAGAAUUCAUUCCUUUCCCAUCCAUCCCUUUGUCACUCCUUCGUGGCAUUCCUGUUAACUUUUCUGAAUUUGGAGAUAGACACGGGUGAUCACAAUUUACGACUGUCUUAAAUUUCUCUAGGAAGGUGCAACUGAAGACGACGUUUAUCUUGUGGUGAGAACCUUACUACAACCUGUGUUCCAAACGGUGAUGACUGUAGACAGAUCAAGUGAGCUUGCGGUAAGUUGACACGCCGGAAAUGUCAUUGAGAGAUCUGCCCUCGGUAGAAAUUAUUUAAAUUGCACGAAGCCUCCGUGCUGGUUGAGUUUAUCAUGUUAUGUUACUCGCCUAAACUCUUCUUCUUUUUACCUUCAGAGGCAUCUCCUGGCAGUUUUGAUAAACCUGUUACUGAUUAUGAAAGAGAAACAUUACAGUCUGUAUCUGAAGGAGUUCAAAGACAACAAAGAACUCAAAGACUUCCUGGUGAAUGUCUUUGUUGUGUUCAUUGAAAUCGUAAAGCGUGGAAUCUUCCUCAGGGACUGGAUUGUCAUCAUUAUCUUGGGGAACAGGUGAGAAGUCUCAGCAUGAUCUUCGAAUACGGAAAUUCAUCGACACGUUGGGAAUAAUGUAACUGCAAAAAUACAACUUCUUUAAUCCAGAAAAGUGCGACUUUGGAUGCCAAUCCGGCCAUAUGAUUGGUUAAUUUGUACCACAUGGUAUAAAAUCAUACAACCUGAUUGGCUAUGCCCCAUAUAGCCCCCGUAUACUUCUGUUAUGGUAUACUAUUGAUUGUGAAACGACGCGGAAAUCACAUUUUAAUUGAUCAAUUAAGAAGCAUUUCUCAGCAAGGGCAGUGUGCCAUAUAUCCUUCUCUUUAUCCUCUCGUUCCUUAGCUGCCAAAGAGAUCAUGUAUAGUGGUCUUUUCCUCCAGAUUCCUCCUUUCUAGCGCAUUCCUCUCCUGACAGUGACAUUUCCAAAUUGCUUUUUUCCAGUGUGAUUCUAAGGGCCACUCAGAACUUUUCACAAGCCUUGAUUGAUAACUUUUCAGGAGAUAACUUCGACUAUCAGGUGAGAGCCGCAGUUCUGACGUAGAACUCGUUCGUUUCGUUGUUUUAUCUUAACGACAUUUUUUUGUUACUACUUUCACUGUUGCAGUUGUGGAACAACUACUUCAAUCUAGCGGUGUCUUUCCUCACUCAAUCUCACCUACAACUGGAGAACUUCACUGAGGUCAAGAGAAACAAGAUCAUCGACAGGUACCACGUGUUAUAAAACCUGCAACCUAAUUGGCUACGCCGCAUAGAGCCCCUGUGUGCUUCUGCUAUGGUGUACUGUUGAUUGUCAAUCAACGCCGAAAUCACAUUUUAAGUGAUACAUGAUGUUCUGUUCUGUACUCUCAAAUAUUUGUAUAGUUUUAUUCACUUGGGCGAGGUAGCAUUUCAGUACUAAAUAUACUUUUAGCUAAACUUUUACACCUGCAAAUCUCUUUCUUUUGUCUUUCUUUGGUAGGUAUGGUGACAUGAGGCAGGUCAUGGGGUUUGAGAUUGUUCAGAUGUGGCAGGGUCUUGGUAAGUUGUGUUUGUGAUCCUGAAAUGAAUUGUGACCUGAUGCACAGCUUUUCACCGGUUACACAGGCCAAAACAAGGCGGGUCUAAACGGGACGAAGCGAGACCAAGCGGGAGCGAUAUCAAAGGUCUCAGAAUAACUGACGAAAAUGUGCUACGCUAGCGGUGAAUUUCGUAGAUGGUUAGAUUUUCUAGUCUUCUUGGAUAAACCGUUCGCUCCCUGUUCAGCGUAGCUAUGAUUAGCAGGGCGUGACUAAGAACCCGCGUACUUAUCGAAAAGGGUUUUAGAAGUGCACAAAGCUCUUUGUGUUGUUGUCUGGCCUUUUUUCACGCGGUGGUGCCUCACAGACGUUGGUGAAUGAAAUUAGGUAUUAUCUCAACAUACGGGCACUUGCCAGAAGGAGCUAGUUAAGUGAAUGAGUCUUUCAAAUGUUCUCCAAAGCUGCAAUGGCGGUGAAAUUUAUAGGUGGAUGUCAACUGAUGGUGAUAAAAGAAAGUGCCAGCCAUUUCCUAAUGGCAGGAAACUAGUUCUAAAACACGGAAUUUCUGUUUGAUUUUGAAUACAACUCGAGCUAUUUAUCGUUAACUGCCUUUUUUCUUAGAAACGUCGUUGAACUUUGUUACGCAAUCAUUUGACAGGUUCCUUUCAGAAGAAUUUCAUGCUGAGCAUGGUUUGUCCUUUCUUGGAAAUGACUUUGGUUCCUGAAACAGGUGAGGCAGAUUAUGUUUCCUUGCUGUAAAAUGAAUUAGUCUGUUCGCAGAUCUUCUGUUUUCUCUCAGUUCAUAAAUACUGCGAUGAAAACAGGAGCAGCGGGAAUUCAAUGAACACGUUUGCGCUUCGCAAUCCUUCUACUGCGCCUGUUUCGCUGCUCCUCGCUUAACAAAGUGAAGACAGACGAGGACAGACUUUUUUUUAACAACUUUAUUGGGUUUAUAACAUAGUACCAACUACAAAAACAUAUUACAUAGAGACAAAAAUGAAUGGAGAGAGGAACAAAAAUUAAUUCUAACCCAAAAGGGCAGGUGCGAACGGGACUGGUGUCCCACGUGAGGCACUGCCCUGUAGCUAAAAUUCAAUAAAGCACAAGGUAUCUAAACUAUACAACAAGUUUGUGUGUUGUCAGCUGCACCUAUAGCUUGUGACACGAGCGAAUUCUAAAUAGUGUCCACGUGCAGGGCCAGUCAAUGUCAAAGGACGUUCUCAGGCGGUCAAAAAGGGUUUGUUUAACGAAAAGCUGGAAGGAUAGCGGACUCGAAAAACUAGAAGAAGGAGCAAUAGAACAAAAGUAAUUCCAAAGUUUCACAAUGCAAUUAAAGUAGGAGGCCUGACAACUGCUCGUUUUACAGAUCGGUGUUUUAAAUUAAAGAAGCUGCUUAGUCUAGUACGGCCGUGAGAAAUAAAGUUUGUGAAACUAUGUACAUCAAGGUACUUGAUGUACAUAGUUUGGCGGCCUUGUGGGAGAGUAAAACGGGAGAAUAACUUAUUGAUGACAGUACAUCAAGGCCGCCAUCUUGUUUACAUCACCUUUUUUCAAAAAGGUGAGGUAGACGAAUAGCCGUGCUUACCUCCGAGACUUGUCAAGCAUGGAAAUAAUUUUGUACUUGUUGAGUUACUAGUAGAAUGUUCACGGCAUUACAUAAGAGGAAGACAAAUGUUGAAUGUAACUGGAGGUAUCGCCUGCUUGGAUUGUGUCACUUGAUCCAUUUCUAUCAAAUGUGCGCGGAAAGGAAUAUUCAAUAAAGUACGAGUGGAAUCGAUGUGUUCUUUGUUUGUUUCCUAGCUCCAUGUUGAAACAUAUAGCUCACAAUUUCCUUGAAUCGUUUUGUUUUUUUUUUUCCUCUUUCUUUUUCAGAAUUACGUAAAGCAACAUUACCCAUAUUCUUUGACAUGGUACAAUGCGAACUUAAUUCCAAAGGCGCGGCCACGAUGGUAUGAUAAGUGAUGCAAGGUUGAUGUGUAAUGAACUAAUAACCGUAUCGCUCUGACGAAGGGCUAACGCUCGAAACGUCAACUUUUUUACUCUUUACGGUGGUCAAUUUACGUUUUCAACUCAGUUGUUAACAGUAAAUUAUCUGCUAUUAACGGUUUCGUUCGUUUUGAUAUGUUUUACUGGAACAGAAACUGAAAAAUAUUGGGAUAAGUGUGUAUGAAAGUGACUUUCAUUUUCACGACCUCUUUGUAGAGGGAAGGCAUUGGUAAACAAACACAUGCGAGAAUGGUCAUUUUUAAUUAGCUUCUCGUCACAAACAACGGUUUUGUGACUUGCGCAUUGGUUUUGUGACAUUGCGUCUUUGGGUAACUUAUAUCCUGUUGUGUGUUACUGUUUGUUUUGAAUGAAGGUGGAAACCAAAAUUGUAAACGAACUCGACCGACUUGUCAGUAUGGAUAAGAAGGGUGACAGGGAGUACAAGAAACUCUUCAAGGAAAUGUAAGAUACUGACCGACCGUUAAAGGCCGGUUAUCUAAAUAAUGUUUAGCUGUUGGUCGGCAUCACUGCGUUCUAGACAGUGUUUGAUUGUGCCAAAUGUUUUAUUUAGACAAAUGCUAUGGAGAGUGUCGUGGAUACUUUUAGCUAACACCAGAUAAACAGCUUUUUACAUCAGACAGGCUCCAUCUGUAGUAAAAUAACCGGCUUUACAUUUUUAACUCACCUGCGUCGGAAAAUCGCUUUUAAAAAGCACUUUAUCUUCCUGUUUGUCGAAACUUAAAUUAGGACGACGUUCUCAAGACCUCAGGGUGACUGUUAUUGCGAACAUCUGCAUGGUUAUUUCAGCCUCUUGAGUAUUCCCACGACUUUCCGACUGAUAAAAUCUUCAUUGUGUUGGAACCUUCAUAAUGUUUCUCUUUCAAUAGCUUGGGCGUGUCUCUUAAUUCUGUCGAACAAUCAGUUUAUGUAGAUUUCCAUAAUUGAAGCAGUAUAUUGUAUUUUAAUCAUUGUUUUCGCAGUCUAACAGAAAAGUUUGAACUCGAGAUACUGUUUCGUGAGGAAGGCUUAGCGUUUGUGAAUCGAGUAACGGACCUCCUAGAGUUACUUCUAGAAUACAGGUAACUCGCUUAAGUGAUGUUAAAGCGGGGGGCGGGGGGUACUUUGGUCAAUUUUUACAGGGUAUGUGCCGUUUGCCUCUCAUAACCCCUACCCACCAUUUUCCAUUCUUCGGCCCAUUAUAGACCUUAUCGUAACACGGUAACAGCUUUUUAACUGCGAAUCUUUCAGUUUUCUUACCCUACCCCCAAAAUCCCGUAAAUGUGCGACCCCAUUCUAGAUACUCUAUGCAACCCCAUCAAUCCGGUCGUGAAAAUGCGACCCCAUUUAGCGGCACAUCCCCAUAGGCCUACCUCAUCUACCAAGGAGCAACCCCCCCGUGUUAAUUUCAACUCGUGUUUUGUUGGUAUUUUCAUAAUUGACCUUUCUAGAUAGUUCAGACAGAAAAGGAAAACGUUUACGUGGGUCAUUUUAGUUCGGCCAUAGUUAACUGACACAACAAAAAAAAAUAUGGCUCUUGAAUAUGCUUAAUAUGCAAAUUACACCACAGCUACUUAAACUAAUGUAAUCAUUUCUGACUUAAAUUUGAAACUGAAACUAAAACGUCACGCAAGUACAUGCUUGGGAACAGUUUCUGUAACAAUUACAUUAAUCUACUGCCACCUCAGUUUCAAAUUGCAAGCAUGUUUCCUUCACAAUCUUGAGAGAAAAUAAGAGGAAUGUUACACGCAUCUCAAAAUUACAUUUAUGUGGGUUGGAAAGGUGAAAAGGUAAAGAUGACGAUAUGACCGAAUUUUCCUAAUUUAGUCCCUUAUGAAAAAUUAUGUUUGGGCGAGGAAGGAAAACUUAAUCACUGUGAAGUCUUCUUUGCAAGCAAAUAGAACUCUUGCUAUUAACGAGUUGAACUCUUUAGUAGCAAGGCUGAAGGCAGCAUAGUGAGUUGUAUCAAACAAUUGAAUAAUAGAGAGAUUCGACAAUUUAUCAAGCGACCCACGGGGUCGUUCUUGGAAUUGAAAGUUUUAACUUGUUGUUGUAUCGUUUCCUCAUUAGGAGGGUGUCUGGUGAAGAUGAUAGAGAACAGAAAAUGAGCUGCCUUGUAAAUCUGUCGGUAAGAAAUGAAGACUCACUCUUCUAUUUCGGGAAAGCUGACAAGAAGAUCUUUUAGCUCUAUUGGUUGCUUUUAGUUUUAUCAUAAGGAUGCAGGGAUGACGAGCUCGCUACUGUUUCCGUCCCGCUACAGUUUCUCAGUUGAUUGCUUGAAGAAAGCCUCGACUCGACGUAUUUAGUAUAGUCUUGGAAAUACGGAAGAUUUAGUUCCCAACUUGGAGAAGAGAUAAAGAUGGUGAAACGUCCCGAAGACGUUUUUCUAUGCAACAUCAUAAGCCCUAUUUCUUAAAGUCACAGUUAAGAGUCUUUCUUUAUACCAAGCAAUAUCAAGUUAGUGGUGUUUCCAAUUUCAGGAAUUUUACCAGAAGAUUGGUCGUGAAGACAUGUAUAUCAGGUGAGGAUAUCUUGCAUAUUUAACUAAAGUAUCUUGAACGCUGUUCACCUCUCGCUCUCUUGAAGGGCUCGCGCUCGAAAUUGUGAGCUUUAGAAACUUUAUAUGGCAAAUUUACAUAGUAAACUUAGUUGUUACAACCAAAUUAUCCUGUAAUACCUCUCUCUGACGCAGCAGCUCAGUUUCUUUAGAAACUUACCCCCUUUAUUCACCUGUAUUAGUUAAGUCCUCCCUUCCUUUGCAGUAGAUUUUCUGGUGAAAGCAUUCCAGUUUGUAUCGUUCUUUCGAACUUAAUGAAACCUUAUGAAUGUUUUCAUUUCUUGGCCGUCCUUGAAAUAAUCGCCCUGUUUUACUUUCGACUGUCUAUUCUUUCAUUUUCCUUUAGGUGUAUAAACAGACUUUGUGAACUUCAUAUUGCGAUAGAGAACUUCACAGAAGCUGGUUUUACCGUCUUGAAACACGCUGAGUUACUCAAGGUGAUGAAAAGAGUUUUAAAACCUAUGGUAAAGUAGUCUUCGAUUAGGUGUCGGUUGUAAUCGGCAAUAUCUCUGGCAAUAUCUCUGGCUUUAAUUGAUUAGUGAUUUGCUCUAGAAACUGGCGCCAGCUUCUCAACCAAUCACUAAUGUGCAAAGCUUACACCGGCAGUAACUUGGCAACCUCUGUUUUGGCGCCCUUCAUGCCGCUCAUGUGUUAAAAACGUAGAGUGCUUAUUGUUUCUUCGUGACAUUUACCUUAAUCUUAUUGGAUGUUCUUAUUCCUUUGGAUUUGCAUGGGUUCAUGUUACUCAGUCAUAAAGCACUUACAUAGCGAGACCCUACCAAGGGAAUACUAAAGUCACUGGCUUUUCGACAGGGUUUUCGCGUUAUUACUAACAUUUGUCCUUGCCUCUAUAAGUGGCCUGAGACGAUGCCUGAGGACUCCCCCGAAAUUUUUAAAGAGUUCCAGCUGAAGGAAAAGUUGUAUUUGGACGCCAUUGACUUCCUGGACAAAGGAAAGGUAUAGAAAAACAUGUUGACAUUGAACUUUUUGACUAUCUGCAGUAGACCCAGGUUUGUUCAUACGCACUCCAAACCUCGGGCUCUUCACUCAAUUUGUGUGCAACAGAAGAUGUACAUUUCUGCGGUCUACUUUUUACUGUUCCUACAGGGAGUGACGAGGGCUGUAAACUUCGUUUGCAGUUCAUUUGCAAUGUAAUUUUAAAAAAAUACACUUCGUAGUACACGAGUUUGCAUUUCACAAUGUUUACCAAAAUAACAGUAUUUUUGCACUUUAGUCGCUAACAAUAGCACCUUGGCUCAGACCUUGUGUUCUCCAAAUAGUCAUUUGUCUGUUUUUUUUCUUUUUUUCUUUUCUCCCUCUUAGACAUGGGAGAAGGCGAUUGAACUAUGCAAAGAGCUGACGGAGCAAUACGAAUUGUUGCUGUGUGAUUACGUUAAACUUGGAGACAUUUUGGUGAGUAAACGUUAAUAUAGUAAUUAUUACGAUAAUGAAAUCUUGUGGUUUGUCUUUCGAAUUAGUUGCUUCCGAUGUGGAUUGACUUUCAUGCUGUUAGUCUCCGUCAUACGGUGAGGUCGACUGUGCUGACGUGUCACUUUAUGCUCCGUUGUGAUGGGAUGGUUUUCAACAAACGUGAUUGAUGCAUUCCGAUUACGUGUCGUAUUGUUGCUGCAUUCUGCAUUAUUGAAAACGAGAAUAUUCAAUUAAAGUGGUUGUUCAUGAUAAUCUUCGUAACCUUUAUGUUUUUUUUUUCUGAAUAGAAAAAACAGGCCAAGUUCUUCGACAACAUCAUGACCCAGGUUCGGGCAGAAUCUGAGUACUUUAGAGUCGGGUUCUACGGCAAAGGCUUCCCAUUAUCAGUGAGGGUGAGAAAACUCGUUUAAUGUCUGUAGUGUAGUCGCACAUUAACUCCAACAUUGUCAAGAUAUGCUUUGAAAUUAUUCCUUAGGAACAGCUAUUCCCGCUUUCUUUGUUACCUUGUUUAGACAAUUCAGUGUUAUAUCAAGAUGACGUCCUCUACCUGAUUCGUUUUACUCGUUACCUCUUUGCUGGAAUAUGUAUCGAUAUUGUCUAGAGAAGUUGCAUUUUAACCAUGUUUUGGAGGGCUAAAUGAUUGAAACUGAUUACCAAUCUGCUCCAUAAAUGUUCCCAAGGAGUCACCUUUCCCCCUCUCCCUUAUACCUUCCUCUCACCCAUUAUUGAAGAACGUUAGGAAAGGCUGACAGAAAAAUAUGUCAGCACUUUUUACCGGUGGGGCCAUCAUAAGAAAAAAGUGUCUUCAAGCUACUUUGAAACUCGGAAACCUGCGUGUCUGUUCAUUUUUUCCUAAAUACCACACAGUAGUAAUCUAGGGUUGGCCUUGUUUGAUAAUGUCGUAAUUUUAACAAUGUGUUUUUUUCCCCUCAGAACAAGGCUUUUGUUUACCGAGGUCACGAAUACGAGAAAAUCGGCUCCUUUAAUCAGAGACUGAAGGCGCAGUUCCCUGAUGCUCUGGUGAGUACUUGCCCACUUGUGGUGGGUUUUUUUUGAGUGAACGCAUAGAACAAAUCCUCUGUUACUGACAGGUUGUCCCAAUCCUCGCGCAGCCCUCAUACAUCGCAUGUAAUACGUAUCACACGUAGACCACGUACCCUCAAGUUUUAUCGCUUUUCGGGGCGCGAAAUAAGAAAAUUGAAUACCCUGUUACACAUUUAAGAACUCAAAACCUAAGUGUUUGGCUGCCCAUAUUUGUUUACCCUAUACCCUACACACUGUUCUUUUCAUUUUUACAGUACCUCUGGCACUGACAAAUAUAACUUGUUUGACAGUGAGUCAUGAGUUUCCUAAAUUGGGGAUCAUUUCCUUUAUUCUCACGACCUUAAAGUUUGAUUCAAGGUUGAUAUUGUAAGGAGUGAAAGCCAAUCACUGUUGGGGUUAAAGGGUUACGACACUGCACUCUCAAUCAAAGAACAUGUAUGAUUGUAGCAGUUUUGAAAGUUGUGUGAUUUUCAUAGCACUGUAACUUAAUCCGCCUUCGGAAAACGGUUUCUGUUUCAGAUGAUGGACAAGAACACACCGCCAGAAGACGACAUCUUGGAAUCUGACAAGCAAUGUAUCCUUUAGCGUAUGCUUUAAGGAGUGAUAAAUACAAAUUAUCACUCUAGUUAAUAAAUAAUGGCAAUAAUCUGACAAGAAUGUGAAAUGGAUGUCAUUUAGCGUACGAGGAGGUCCUCGUUACAAGCGCUGGGGCAGGAGCGUUCCCUCGUUUGCGAGAAGUUGUGUGGCCUGGAGCUAAGCCAGCUGGCGAGAUGUUUCCGAGGGGUUUGUUACUAGUGCUAGACCUCUCGCCGGCUUGCUUUGCGUCAGGUCUCGAAAUUUCUCUUGGGCGAAGAAGCGCUCGCGGCGAAGCGCUUAAAAUGAGGGUGUGUUCGCAGGCUCGAUAUUAAAAGCUUCAUUUAGGUAAGAAGUCGGAUGAACUACAAUGGAUGAAGGCCGGUAUUGUUUUGUACUUGUGACCUUGACUAUUUACAGAUCUGCAGUGUUGCCGAGUGAUUCCUAUCUCAGAACACGAAGCACGUUUUGCUGGCAAAGUCGUAGAUGAUAAAAUUGCAGGGUGAGUGUACUGAUAUAGUAUGAAAACAAGGCUUAAAACAUGACUCUAUGUGAAAUAAGGCUUAUUUUGUUUUCAACUUUCAACUAUCGCUUAAGACCGCCCAGCACAAAUAUCGACUAAAUUAUGUGACAACCAGCACAAACUGCAACCUCGCAAUUUGAAUUUCGUCAACUGUACAAGGAUGAAACUGUGGUCAGUAGUUUUUGUGCGCUUGGUCAAGACUCUUUGUAGCGAAAGUCCAGGCGUGUCCAUUCUGUUUGCGUUUUACUUGUACUUUUUACGUUUUAAACUUCCUUCCAGCUAUGUGAUCAAAAUGUAGAAUGAAAAGAAGAGUUAAAGAGAGCGACAGCCAUUUCGAACGGGAAAAGUUUAUUUUUUGUAUUAAGGUCUACCCUUACCGGCGUUUAUCCGGGGGCGACGCUCAGUAGAUAAGGCUUGUUAGCCCAGUUGGUAAAGCACUACACCGUUAUCGCCGUGGUCAUGGGUUCAAAUCUCGUACAGGCCUGAAUUUGUUUUAGUCCUUAUCUUCAACGCCGCUUCAGUAUUUUUCAUUACGGCGAAGAUCGCUUUCAUAUUCAUUUUCUAAUCCGCACGUCACAUAUGAUUUUCAUAUAUUCACAGUCAGAUUAGAAAUGGUUUGUAAUAAUAAUAAUUAAUAAUCAUUUCAAACAAAAGGGCGUGUUUACUGUAAAAGCGUUCACAUGGUUCCUUAAUUUAGCAUGGCCACCAUCCUGUUGUUUCGUUAAACCAAUAUGUUGGCCGUGAAGUCAUGUGUAAACGCCUAAUUAAUGAUUUAAUUGAUGAAUUGAUUUUCUAGUUAUUACCGGGUGAACGAUGUCAGAAGGUUUACUAACUCAAGACCUUUGCGUCCAGGUUCGGAGGAUUUUGCGGUAAGAGACAGAGUUGUAUGCUACUACUUUGUGCUUUGCAGCAGGAGUUAAAGCGCUUUGCAAUUAGUAUCGUAAUGUUUGUUAUCUUCUUGUUCUAGAACUUAUGGUUAGAAAGAACGACCUACACGAUCGCUUCACCUCUGCCUGGAAUUCUUCGAUGGUUUCAAAUCACAUCUUCAGAAAGCGUAAGUGUUGUGAUAGCAACAGGUUGUGUUGUGCUCGUAAGAUAUUUUAUCUAUUUGAAAAGCUGCACUGCCUAUCAGAACGAGCAAAAAAUUAGGAGAUAGAGUUUGGUUUGAAGAAAUAGUUUGUAUUCAACUGUAAGAGAAACCUUGCAAGACACAGGGGGUAAUCUUGCGAUGGAUCACCAUGCCAUCGAUAAAAAAAAUGCAUUUCUGGUCUCUCUAUGCCUCGCAAACCGUUCUAGGCUGCAACAGUUAUGGGUGACUUGGCCUCAAUUUCGUUACCUAUUCCAUACUUCAACAAUGAAAUUAAAUCCAAAUGAUAAUUUAUGUGGCUUGCUUCUUAUAAGAUGUAGCCACAUCGGUGUCUAUGGCUUGCUGUGUACCUCGAACGGUAGGGUGUCCAAAGUACCAAUUACAGGGUUUGUCUGCGAUUGGAAGAUUUAGGGUGAGAUUUUCCUCUACCGAAUACAACCUCGGUACACACAUGAAAGACAAUCAUGUUCCUUUUCGAAAAAUAUGUUCUCUUAUUUUCUUCCAUAUGACAUUACCUUUUUGAUGCCUUUUUAGGUUGAAAUCAGCCCCCUUCUCAAUGCAGUUGAAACUGUGGAAUCGAAGAACAAAGAGCUCGAUAGGAUCAUCGCUAAUCUGUCCUCAGAUAGGAAUCAGAGUAUCAACCCUCUGAGUAUGAUACUCAAUGGUAUCAUAGAUGCUGCUGUUAUGGGAGGGAUAGCCAAGUAUGAAGAGGUACGUUGACAAAUUGCCUGUUUUAGAUACAGUUGUCGAAACAGCUACGAUAUUCUUACAGUUAUUGCGUUUGGUCGAUCGGAAGAUAUGCAAAUGGUUUUUCAUUAUUUUAUCUCUCUUAGGCAUUUUUCGCCCCAGACUAUUUAAAGAAUAAUCCAGGCGAUAGGCAACUCAUCGACCAACUAAAGCGCGCCAUAGGAAAUCAGGUAAGGUUGUUCGUAUGCUAAACGGCCUGAUUAUUUAAAAUACUGCAGGUUCUUUUGUUUACUGCAAUAUUCCUCCGUAAUCUUUUUUUGGCCUUGUGUACAUCAUGGUGGAUAAGUUGAAAAUGCAUCAAUCACCGGUUACGGAAACGCUCGACUGCAUCAAUAGGCAUACGCAGAAUAAGGGCCUUACUAUUCUGUUGAAAAUUAAGGAGCUGUGACUUGUUUUCGACAAGCUCAGAUUGCUCUCUAGAUUGGUGCAGACAGUAGGCCUUGCGAUUCAAGGAGCGCCCUUGAAAAGCUCCGUUUUCGAUGAGCAGUCAAUCCAUACCAGUGAGCAUGGUGUGCCUAGCCCAAGAAAUAAAAGGGCCUUUUCAAAUCUCACCGGCUUAGAUUGGACAAAGUUAGGUUAAAAAUGUGAUAUGUGACUUUUUUCCUUCAUUUAGGUGAAGAUCUUGGAGAAAGGUCUGAAUCUUCACGAUGAGCUAGCAACCAAGGACUUGAGACCGUUUCAUAACAAAAUGGAGACUUGUUUCGCCGACAUGAAGGCUCGUGUCUCAGGGGAAGAGAGAAAGUCUGCCAGGCCUAAAGACCUCCAGGUUGGUUAAGCAAAGGAUUUUAUAACUUAGCGAUAUAGACAUAGUUGCCCUCUCUAUAUACAUCCAUUUUAUUCCUUGGCACAAAAAUUUUAACAAAACCAUCGAAAAUCGCUAGGUGUUUUGGCUGAAUAUUAGCCAACUCGUUAAAACGAAAAAACCCUGCAAAGCCUAAAGAACUUCUUGCGGCGAUACGAAAGUCCUUUAAAAGUGCUUCCUCAGCCCCGUGCCUGCCAAUAAUGCUUCUAAUCAUGGCAGGGUCCAUGAGCUUUUUCUUGUUAACUGGAUUGCUCCUUGUCCUCUUGGCGCACGCAAUCAAGUUCUUGAAAAAAGCGUUAUCCAAAGGAUUGGGACCAUCUUCAGGAACAAAGUGCAGCAUGCACCAAAACCAUUGCGGCCGGGGACCCAAGCUGUUGAUCUAAGCCAAAUAGAUAAAAGGUGACAACAGAGGAAGAAAAAGGCAAUUGUAGCGCAGUUUUCAUAGUUUCACACCACAGCAAAAACUUGUUUAUUUCCUCGUUAAGAUAUUUCUUCACAGUAGAAUCCGCCCUGAAUUGAAAUCCGGUCUAAUAGCAGGAGGGAGUACCAUCCAUGCUUUACUUGCAAUUACAACCUGCAAGAAAAAAAAUCAUAUCGCCAAAAUUUUUCAACUACAGGAUAGCGGCUUUAGUAAUUGUGACGCAAGCGAUGACAGCAAUUCUGAUAAGCGGUCCUAUGCCUAUGACUCAAUGUCUGCAGGCUGCAUCAUAGUAAGAAACUACACCUACCUCCCGAGGCAAAAUAGGCAUGCGAAGUUGCUUCUAAACAAAGGCCUGGCGAAUAACCUACAAGGAAAACUAAAUAACUAACGCGCAAUAACUGCAUUUAUAUCCAAACACUACUUUCUCUAGUAGAUCAUUUAAACCCCCAAAGGCUCCACAAACUACAUGUAAACGGAUAUAAAAUAGGCAACGCCACGUCUAGGACACAGUCAGCUCAGACAUUAACACAACCUAACAAUUAGCAAAAACAAAGUUACAGCCUUGAUUAAGAAAGAUGAAAAACCUAAACCAACAGGAACAGCGCAGUUCAACUUUGUGAAAAACCUUGGCCAGAAUGGCACGCGAACAAGUGUCAAAAAAGGACACAAUUUUCCAUAAGUGAACAGGUCUGUUGUCGAGAGAACUCGAAACCUUCUUGUUCAACUUAUAAAGCUCUAAAACGAAAGAAAUCUUCUCCAACGGACGCAGUCGUCCCUUCACAUGACCAGUGUCAUUUACCCUGGACAUAGCUGUCCAUGCAACUAAUGACCAGUGUCAAAUCCUGCAAAUACCAGCACUAAAAGCUAGUGCAGAAACCUACUCGAAGGGCGAAAAAGAUGGAUAAUCCCUACAAAAAUUCGAAUCUAAGCGCAACAACCUCGCUUGUAAAGCGAGGAGAACCAAGGAAUGUACUUGAAUUUCUUCCCAGGGUGAGAGCUUGGGAUACAUUCAGCGUAAAGUAUCCUAUAAAGAGCGACCGAUAUUUGCUCGUCAGAAGAGGCCAGAAACUGAACGAAGGCCAUAAUGGAACUACAAGAGUAGCCAUCGCUUUCUGUAGGCUCAGAUAAUGGAUAAUGAAAGCAACAAGAGAAAUUGGAGGAACCACUAAACAAUUCUCGGAACUUAACUCUUGGGCGAAGAAGUCAAUUCCUGACGCAAAGAAUCUAGGGAGCUUUGUUGUAUAAUAAUUAGCAAAACAGUCAACUGUAUGCGGGCCCUAUAACUCUUCCAAACUUAGAAAGAAAUCCUGCGUGAUUUGCCAAUCAUCAAAGUCUAUAGGCGACUGAUGUAAUCCGCCUUCUCAUUUUCAGUUCGUGGGAUCCACUGCACCUCCAUACGAAUACUGUGCUCCGCGCAAAACUGAAAAAUUUUAAUAGCAAGCCUGUGCAAAUCCAAUUUCAUGCUUCCGACUUUUAUGAUUCUAGCCAUCGUCUGGCUAUCAGUGCACCACUUGACGAGUGAACCUUCCAAAAUUGGCGCAAAAGACUCGGAGAAAAAUCAAUCGCUGCAAGCUCUCUCCAAGUAGAGCUCUUAGAACGCUCUGAAGGCUCCCAAAGCUUGUGACACACACAAUCCUCAUUAAGGGUAAUAACUGAAUCGCGCCCUGAAGCGCUGGCAUCAGUGAAAGCGAAACGCUAUGGCUUAUUAAAGAGAAAUCAAUCGCGCACUUUGAUGGAAUUUGGAUUGUUUUUCCAAAAAUAUAACUCCUCAGUGCAAUAGGGAUCCAUCUUAACUUUCGAGUCCCAGUGCUGCGCGCUUAAUGUAGACAUAAUACAGUGCCUAAUCAUGAUCCUAGAAAUGUUCCCGGAAACAGGCACUGAGAGGAUGGAUCGCGUGCGAACCCUAACAGCGAGAGAACAAACAAAGUACUACAAAAAUAAUCAGACAAAAACUGAGAGAGCGCAAAAAGAAAAUUAAAAAUCGGGCUAGCUCACCGCGAAAAAGCUGCUGAUCCGUCGAAGUCGAAGAUUCUUUGAACUUUUUGUCAGGUCCACGACGACCUUGUGUAGGCUGUCUCCUUUUCCUGCUUGCUGCCUUCUUGGCUUUCUUUAAGCGUUUUUCGUCCUCGAGCCAGACGCUAACUCAUCCGAAACAUAUUCAUCAAGUGCUAAGGUCGCAAGCGAGAGAGAGAGAGAGAGAGAGAGAGAGAGAGAGAGAGAGAGAGAGAGAGAGAGAGAGAGAGAACAAACUGAAAACAGCAUCUUAAAUGGGUAAAACGAACCAAUCGGAAGCUACAAUAAGCGUACUGCGACACCGAAAGGUGACAAACUGUAAUAAGGUAUGCGAAGCUAAAAUAACAGUGGAAAAUAUAUUGCUCACAGGCAAAGGGUGGGUAAGGCGUAUUUUUGAGCGCACUUAGUUGUAGCUUUGACAUCGUUUUUAUUUUAGAUUCGUUGAAGCUAUGAUUUAAUCUUGAUUUCGUAGAUCCCGUUACCGGCAGUACCCGUCAAUCAAACGUCAACACCAGGGUUUGUGAAGGCAGUAAGAAAACAGAGUUUACCCGGAGAUUUGGGAAGGGAGUAAGUAUAUUAUUACGUCUCCUCUUUAUUGUCCUAGACAAGGUUCCGGAAAGGACUUCUGUUGCAACUUACAGAUUCAUUUGUCGAACCGCAAACUGCCUUCAACCUGACAGAGUUUACAAGUAUUUAGUUUGUUUGGAAAAACAUAUAAUGGGUAAUGGAGUGCACGUUUCCUGAAGAUUUGAGUGUUUUCAUUCACUGAAUCACCUGAACAACCCAAUGUUCACAAGUCUCCAGCCUUUAUUUGGCUUCCUUGCCACACUUUUCUGUUAUUUGUCGAUUGAUUAUAUUUGUUGUAAUAUACUUUUGCGGAAAGAGAAACUUCAAUGUUUUCCCUAUAACACUUACUCUUAUUGUGUUCUCUUGUUGUGUUUCUUUGACCAGAAGUGUUCCAGCAGCGGCGGCGACCAUGAAUCUGAGGCGGCAAAGUGAACAUCGAUCACGACAGAGUUUGUGGUAUGACAGCGAUGAUAUUCCGUCCAAAAAGGUGCGCUAGUUUCUCUUUUUUGUCUCUAAAAUUACUCUUAAAUGAAGCUUCAUAUGAUACAAUUUAUCCGAUGAAAAUCAAUCAGAAAUAGUCGUUAUUUAUGCUUAACGUUAUUUUGACGAGAACAAACCUCAAUCCUGAAGAUCAGUUUUUCUCCAAGUAGACCCUAGCUAAUUAAACCCACAAAUAAAACAUUGUUGUUUCUUUACAAAUUUGGAAAUAUGAAUAAUUGAAGUUUUUUUUUCUUUUACUAGCAGAUGUCUGGUUCUAAAUCCUUGGAGGCUCUUUCUGAAAUAGAUGAAUCUUCGCCACCAGUUCCAACGAAGAAAAACUCCAAACCAGAUCUUGCUUCUGGGCACUCGCCUGAGACGAUCCGUAGAAGGAUGGGUCUUGGUGGAAAACUUCAACAACGAAGUUCCUCCCCAGCGGGAAUGUUAAGGGUUGUGCUAUCACCUCAAGCAAAGUAUGUCCAUCUACUAGAUUUGCCCUUAGAAUUAUUUCAAGGUUAAAUAGGUGUUGUUAAACCAAAACUAAUCCCAACCAGAAAAAAAAGAACUAAUUGAAGAAGUAGCAUUCCGAAAUGCAAUUAGAGCCAAUGAACCAUCCAUUAACCUAAAAAAGUGUCUAACAAGCUUGUUGAAAUUCUCGUUUUCUGAAUUAUUCUCUAUAGUUGGUACAUGUACUACUGAACUUUACUAAGCUAACGAAUACUUUGGUGGUCUUAUUCCUCUUACUUUUCAUUUCACGUUCCUUUCCAGUGGGGAAAUAUCCCCCGCCCUCCCUCCCAAGCGUAAAAGUGUCUUAAUUUCAAGUCCGCAAGACAGCACCUCGUCAGUCCCUCCACCCCUUCCUACACGUACAUCUAUUGGUCUGCCAGCAGAUAAUUCUGUAAACGGAGCUGUUACUGGGAACGAGCCCAGGGAGGCCCCUGCAGUUGAUGACGUCAAUCUUCCCGCUUUACCUCCCAAGAAGUCUGUAUCUAGAAUGUCUCUGGAUAGCGAAUCAGGGUUUCCAGAAAAACCAAUGGUAGGAAACAGGUUUUCUUUUACGUACGUAUAGACUUAAAUAUCUACUUUGAAAGGGAGGAAACGGGUUACCGACAACGUGAAUUAUGAAAUCACUUCCUGAUGUUGUCAUUGUGUGCUCUAUGUUAAGCCUCUCAGGCUGGUAUUAAAGAAUCCUGUGCAGUGUGGGUCACUUGCUAAUAGAUGACUAUUUCGUGGAAAAACAGUAAAUUGGCUCACAAAGAUGUACUCUAUUUAUUGAAUUUAAAAGCGGAAAUUCUCCAAGUGGCUCAUCUACUACUUCAAGGUCUCAAUGAAACUUAAUACGUUGUGGUAUCAUUGUUGGCGAAUACGGAGAAAAGUCUUUGAAACAGGCAAGAAAAAAACCAACGUUGGCCUCAGUCCGCAUGUAACGCUAGGUUUGGAAGUUAAACCACGUCAACACCAGUGAAAGGCCAGCGCCCUUAUUACGGCGCCAUAGAAAAUAUAGAACACUCAAUUGUUCUACUUAUCUUCUCCUGACUGAUUGUGUUCUGUCCCUUCUUUCAUUCAAGCGCCCUGAGACUCUGACGUUUGCUAAAGAUGAUUCGAACCCAGAACCUGUUCCUGUGUUGCCAGAGAAACGUAAAAGCUACGCCAGCACCGCUUCCAGUCGAGCGUCUUCCUCAGUCUUCUCUGAUACAGCUUCAGAUUUCUCGUCUCCAAUGUCCCCUUCAGUUCCUUUAAAAUUUCAAAAACAAUUUCCUGAUAGACUCCCGGUUGGGUCGUCAACGCGAGAUUCCCGUGGAUCAACUCUUCCAUCGGGGUCUACAAGCUCAACAGUAUCCCUGGGAACUCCCCGCCCGGGGUCUUUUACAGCUCCAAGGCCAAGUGGCAGUGGACCAAAUAACUAUAGUUACGUAACACCACCAUCGUCUCCACGAGUUCCCUACGACUACGUUUCUUCACCCAAUGAGUCAGUAGCAAGCUGGGUAUCGAACAGCACACAAUAUUUUUCAGCUUCGUCUUCCUUUGACAGCGACAUCUUUUCCCCAGGAACACCUCCAAAGCGCGAAUCCAACAUAGAUGUGCCGUCGCCAUCACCGUCAUCCAUCUCGCGGAGUAUAGAUCUUUUAGCAACGUCGCCCACGAAGAACGAUUCUACCCCACCACUUAUUCCGUUUAAAGGAACUCAUCACUUCUCCACAUCCGUUGAAAUGGUUGAAACAUUUUCAUUUUCGGAAACAACGUUAACGGGGACAUCAACGAUGACGUCAUCGACAGAAGAAGAGUCUGUUGACCAACCAGUGAAACCCCGUACCCCAGUCCCAGUCCCACGGAGGAACACGAUGAGCCCAUCGUCAAGUCGACCAACGGGUUCGUUAUCUCGAUCACGCUCCGAUGUGUCGGAUGGUAACCAAGGUCCCGGGCGGGUAACUCCGCCCCCAAUUAAACCCCGAAAGUCCACAAGUCUUUCAUCAGAUCAAGGUCCAAAGUCCCCUCCGCCACCCAAACCUCCCAGACCUUCGCAGGCCAGGGAACCUCCACCAAAGCCCAAACCUUACGCUUCCAGAUCAGUGGAGAACUCGCCUGCGGUUCAAAGAAAAGUGGUCAGCGAAAGCAUGCAGAACAUUCCACCUGGAGAAAACAAUGGAUCGUGACCACAUCCAUCAAGAUGUAAAGAGAUUCAGCGCAACCUGUCUUCCCUGAUUUUCUUUGAACAGCGGCGUCCUCACUUGGAUUUAAAUAAAUAUAUGCUUCCCGCAAGCGAACUCGUAUUUCAGGCUUAAAUGUCCUUAAAAUUUGAACCCUAGAUUCGUUCAAGUAAUUCGUUUUCUUUCGCUGGAAAAUAGCUAAAAAACAUACCUUAAACUAAAACGUACUUUUCCAGCAUAUUGCACUCCAUCUACGGCAGUUUAUAACGCACUUAAACUACGAAAACGGAUGGGCCCUCCUUUUGUAAAAUGGUCGUUAAUUACUGCACAUAAUGUACAGAGAUAAAUGCUUAAUAGGCACAAGAUAUCAUAAUAUGUAACAAAAUUAUCGUUGCUGACAAAAAUUAUGACGCAUUUCCUCAGGUUGAAAUAGUAGAAGAGGUACCAUAAUUAUAAGUAAAGAAAUACGGUCUUGAAUAUAGGAUUUUUUCUUUGUGAAUACGACCUUUUAAUAUUGAAAAUACUGUGCAAGGUAUAAGUUGAAGUAUCUUCAUGUUUUUUUCAAUUUGUGAAAAUUGUAGUUACCCUAAUGACUAAAUGAGCAAGGAAGCCUAUAUUUGAGUUCAUUGUAUUUUUUUGAGAUUUUGCAUCG